UCGUCUGUGCAUAUACAUACAUGCAAACAUAUAUAUAUAUAUACAUAUAUGUAUAAGUGUAUAUAUAGACACGCCAUGAUGAAGCUCACCCUAAACGUUCAAAAGAGAAAAGAAAGCUUUCACAAAAUUUAAAGUAAUAGAAAAAGAGGAACUCUAUAUUACAGUGAUGGCUCGUCCAAUGAUCUGCAUUUGUGUAAUGUCCCUCCUUCUUCUUCUUCUAGGGUUUGUCUCGCAAUCUUCCGAAGGGAAAAUGGUUUUGGUGCCUUACGGCGCAAGAAAGGGUUUGUUGUUUCCAAAGGGCAAUAUUGAUCCUCCGGAAAGCUCCGACCGUACAUCGCCGGAAAAUUAUCCGACGAAACAUCGUCUGAUGCAAUCCGUUCCAAGCCCCGCCGUCGGCCAUUAGGCCACUACUUUUGUCCAUUUAAAAAGAUUCGACACAUGUUUCAAUUCAUGUCAUGUAAUAUCCUACAGAAAAAGCCACUAUAUUAUAUAUAUAUAUAUAAUGAUUACACGUGUUUGAUGUAUUUCUACGUCAUUGGUUAUUGUUGGAGUUAGUUUAUGACCCAUGUAAUAAAUGGUAAGAUUAAUAAAUUAAUCAUUUUACGAUUCGAUA